CCCAACAGCACGAUUCUUCUUAUCCUACUCACCCCUUACUGUCUUCCAUUGAAUCAAAAAAUGGAAACAUCCGCGUCAAUAUCUCAAUAUGCGGAUCAUAAUCCCUACCCCGUUGGCCAAAUUCUACGCCUGAAAGCCGCUCUCAACAACUCGACACCUGGAGACUACUCAGAGCUGCUAGUACGAGUGAAGCGGCAAAAUCGGCCAUGGACACUCUCUUGUGGCAUGGUUGUCGAGAAUUUGGAAGACGUGAGCGACUCAGAUGAUGACCGAGGCCUACAACAGGGUCAAGGGCUUGGAAACGACCGGGAGGCAUUCCUGAAGAUUUUCGACAGGAGAUACGCGCAACAACUCCGAGAUGAUAAUGGUAUCGAAGAAUGGUCGAAUCUUAUCGAGCAAGAAUUUUUGGAUGGUAUACGAUCUGGGAAGAUGGAUGACUUCCUACGCAAACUUCGCUCCGACAAGCAAUUUCAACAAGACACCGAGGAUGACUGGGACGCAGCUGAGAACGAGGCCUUUCUGUGGGACGAGGUGUCAAAGUGUUUCAAAUCAGAGGUUGCAGCAUAUUCCGUCCUAACAAAAUACCAAGGAGAGUUGAUUCCUCGUCUUCUUGCCGAAAUAGCUCUCGAUAUCUCCCCGCCUGAUCCAGCCCUCGGCGCACAACAACAAGAGCUAUCUCGGGUUAAGGGCAUCCUUCUCGAGUAUCUUCCAGGCUUUUCUCUGUCUUCAAUUACGCAACGUGCUCCCCAGGCGGCAUGGCAGAAUAUUGUCGACCAAGCAAUUAAGAUAGUUCACGUUUUAGGUGACAACAACAUUCUCAACACAGAUGUUCGUCCCGACAAUUUUGUGGUAGUUCCCAAGCGGAGAAUAGCGCAGGUUAUGGAUGAGGAAAAUAGUGCAGAAUACCGGGUUUUCAUGAUCGACUUUGGUCAAUGCAGGCUCCGCAGAGAGGAUGAGUCGGAUGCGGAGUGGGGGCGGGCGAAAUGGAUUCAGGAUGAAGAAGGUGCUGUCGGAGCCGUGAUGAGAAUGAUGCUGGGAAAGAUUGGCUUUGAGCUUGAUUACCGGCCGUCUUGGAGGUAUUUGGAAUGGGCACCUGGGGAGGAUGAUUGAUGAGGGUUGCAAUAAGGAAUAGAAAAUUCCUUCCUGUGGAGUCCAUCCGUUUGCAUCCUAUCAUAACAUCGGGGAUCUUUAGGUGCCGAAGUGAAGAUACCAAGAUAUCUUCGCUGGAGAUUCCCUACCUGCUGAUGGAGAAACGAUCACUCUCAUCUUCGCUGGUGCAUCUUCAAAUCCAAUAUCAUAUUGCACACGCAUCGCACUACGGUUUAUUGCUCGAUUUUGACGUUCGUUAUAACACUAGUGAUCU